UGAACCCCAUGUUACCUCUAGACGACUGAAAAUGAAUUACAGUUACAUUCCGUCAUUUCUAUUUCAUUUUCAGAAAUGGUAUUGGUCACCAUGAGGUCGUGUAUCCGAUGUUUUUGUGCGGUCAGCAUGGUCAUGUUACAAGUAUACAGCGUAGUUCCCACACCAACUAAUAACCUACCAUCCAUCACAACCACGUGGCAAACACGACUUGGUUCCAUCUUAGGUCUCAAAAUCUCCUCGCAAAAUGGAAACAUUUUUCAGUUCAGGAAAAUACCUUUUGCAAAACCACCGGAAGGGGAUCUUAGAUUUAGUAAACCAGAAGUACCGAACGCGUGGACGGAAACCCUGAACUGUACAACAUACGGGUAUGCGUGUAUGCAAAGUGGAACUGACGUGUCAGAAGAUUGUUUGUAUGUUAACAUCUAUAUACCAAACAGUCUAGACACAGCAGCUAAACGCGCAGUGAUGGUAUGGAUUCAUGGUGGGAGUUUCAUUUCUGGUAGAGGAUCUGAAGUUGACGGUUCGACGCUGGCGUUGCAUGGAGACGUAAUCGUGGUAACUAUCAACUACAGACUCAACAUCUUUGGCUUCUAUAGCACGGAUGAUAACGCUACCCUUGGCAAUUAUGGACUCUGGGAUCAGAUGUUAGCGCUUCGAUGGGUUAAAGACAACAUCGAAGACUACGGUGGCGAUCCGUCCAGAAUCACAAUAUUCGGCGAAUCGGCGGGAGGUGUCAGUGUUGGCCUUCAGGCUAUUAUUAGUCAGAAUAAAGGAGUGUUCCAAAGAGUCAUUGCUGAGAGCGGAUCGAGUGUUGGGCCUCGUGAUUCUGGGGUGGAGGCAAUGAAGGUAUUUACUAAAGUAGUGAAUGAACUAGGAUGCUCCUCCGACUCAUCUGCUGCUACAGUGACAUGUUUACGUGAUAAAAGCGCCAGGCAACUUGUCAUGUCAUUUUAUAAAGCUUUCAAUGACGUACAGUCCUCUAGUUUUACAAUUCUAUCGGCACUUGGUCCUACCAUAGAUGGAGAAUUGUUCUCCAGAGACUUUGACGAUAUCUUAAAUGAUAUUGACAGCGACGCGAUGAAAUUCUUCCGAGAUCUCGAUUAUUUGGCCGGGUUUAACACAGCAGAUGCAGGACUGUUUUACUAUGAUCUCCUCCGCCACCAGAAAGAGUUUCCGACGUUUAAUUUCACAAUAGGAAUAACGGCUAAUAUUCCGGUGAACCAUGUCAUACCUACUCUUGUUCGGCAGCUAUAUGACAACUGUGACCAUAUCUUUACAUCGAUAACUGAAAAGUAUGUAAAUAGUUUACCCAACGGCGACAUUGAAGCCCAAACUUCCAGUGCAGCAAACAUGUAUGCUGACGUCAACUAUUAUAGUCCCGCUGUUCGGUCUCUAGACGCCCACACUGGGAGCAAUAGUAAGACCUACCAGUACCUGUUUUCACACGAGCCUCGCUGGGGACCGGUGCAACCAAGACCAUUGUGGCUACAUGGAGCAAACCAUGCGGACGAGCUCGCCUUUGUGUUCGGUCUGAACGAAAUAUAUCCUGGCAAUGUAGCAACAGAAGACGAUGAACUGACAAUAUCGAGGAGAGUGAUGACCUACUGGGCAAAUUUUGCUAAAUUCGGAAAUCCGAAUGGCGAUGACCAUGACCUAACGGAAUGGCCUCAAUACACACUGCCUAACAAGUGCUAUCUAAACAUAUCGGCGACAGAUACAGUGGGGCGCGCCCUGUACGCCGACCGGAUGGAUUUCUGGAAUAAGAACGUCACCAGCCAGCUAACACAAUGUCGCCAGAAACAUGUAAACGGGGUCGGUGCUAACAUAUCCAUCAGAUUAGAUGAAGUGCACGACUGGAUAUUAACGUUGUAAAUCUUAAUAGAACCGGAGUAUUGUACCGGGUCGGAAUUACAUUUUGUUCCCUAAAGAUUGUGUGGUGUUCGAUAAAAUUCUCUUAAUGGGUGUGACUAUUAGUAACUUGAUUUCAUUAAAUUCGUCGUGUUGCAUCCAAGCGGUAGUCCCUGGUUUG